AUUUUGCUGUCGGACCACACGCUUGCCUUUUGCGGAGGUCAAGUGAAGCUGGGACACACGUCAGGUUCUUUCAGAACAAACCAGUGUCGUUGAGGAGAUUCACUGAAGUCGCGCAGUCAUGGUGAAGAAAAAGCGGCUUCGGCUCAUCGCAGAAAUGGCUCGGAAGAUCCGGGCAUACCGAGAGCUCAAGUCCAGGCCUCGGGAAUCUCAAAGGUAUGCCCUGGACUAUGACACGAUGAAGCGGCCUUACACAGGGAAGAUGCUGCCAGUGCUGGCCUGGCAGGAUGUACGCAGGGAGAGCCGCCUCUUCUCCCUGCUGUCGUGCAUGAGGUUGUUUGGAGUGGGGCGCCUCUUCACUCGCAAGUCCUGGUUGGAGGACCACUCUGAGCCCAGCUACUGGCAUAUCACCAAAGUCAAGGUGGACUACACAGCUGAGAACAUGGAUCACGGUAAGGCCUGGGGGGUCCUCACUUAUAAAGGAAAACAGGAGAACGAGGUCAAAGAGAUGGAUAAGGUCAUGUAUCAUGACUGGCGCUUGAUUCCUAAACACAUGGAACAACAGUUCAAGGAUUUUGAGCCACUUCCUGAGCCACCAGUACGCCAUGUCCCAUACCCACCACUGCUGCGUGCCAUGCUGCUUGCUCAGCACAAGAAAGCAACAGGCAGGGAACUGACAGAAGAGCUUGCCUUACCUUUAGAGAGGAACAUCAGGCUCAACAAAGACUAUUUCCAAAAGCAGGAACAAGAGAGGCAAAGGAAAGAGGGGACAGCAGUGUGAUUUCAGAAUGUGGUUCUCCAAUCUUGAACAUUUUGGACCAAAUCAGUGCACACUUGACACUGUCAACUCAAAGUCCUGGUCUCUGCUGUUUUCUUCUGUUGCAAACCCCUCUGUGUGUUAUGUGUAUUUGUGGGAUGUUAAGUAAUAAAUCUUAAAUUUA